GUUUUAAACUCCAUACGCGGCCAUGCCGCACCGUCCUGACCCAACGUCGCCAUUAUCGUACCCACGCUUGACAAAGCAUGCGUCGGUGCGAGGCGACCCACCCACGUCAUCGGAACGCUCCCCAGCCGUCACAUUUGCCGCGCAAUCCCAUUCGAUCAAGCAUAUUUGGUGGUCGGCAAAACACAAAACAGAGCACCUUUUCACGUCGUUUUAUGCCCAUAAUCCGCAAGCCCUCGCGCGCGCGACCCCAGUUGCACGAGAUGUCGAGGCGGCGGAGCUCGGGACGUUGUACCGACAUCGCCAGCUCGAGAUGCUUCGCGGUCCUGCCACGUCCUUUGCCACAACCAGUAUUCACGACGAAUCGUUUGCAUUGGUUCCGACGUCGCGCUUGGCAAAACUCGAAAGACUCGAGCAGUAUUUGAAAGCCGAGCAAGCGCGGCUGGAAGCCCAAUGCGUCUGGGCAUUCCAGGAUACGCCCGUCAGCGCAAGGUUGCCCGUUCAGUUUAUCGUUGUGGCUGUGCAUUCGAUUUUGGACAAGGCGAUCGCCGACAGCGCCAUGACAUGGGCGGUUCACAGGAAUGCCCGAUGCGUGCUACCGGACGGUCUUGCGACAGCCAUUGCCCACACAACGCAGCACCUUAGCCACUGCGACCACGUCCACCGCAUCAACAAAUCUCUCCGACUGCCCAACCGACCCCACCAUCGAUUGCACGCACUGCUGACGACACAAUCGAACCUCCAUCAGCUCCAUCGGCAAGCCACCGAAUACCACGAACGCUUUGACAUGGCGCGAGAAGAAAAGCUCCAGCGAAUGCACCAUCAAUGGAGUAUUGUUAACGACCGCAAGGCAGAUUACACAAAGUACGUUGACCUGGCGCUCCAGUUUCAGCCACUAUCGGAAGCCGACUUCAAUGCCACCGCAUGGCCUGGACACUUUUAUGAGCUGCGGCUACGAGGAAGCUGCCACCGCAUCGAGCGAUUCAUCCAUCGUCAUGGCCCUCGUCGACGUGCCAAAAAGUUCUCAGCAGCUCGCACAAUUCAGUCGUUGGUGCGCGGGUUCAAAGCUCGGCGACGGUACCGGCCAGCGAUGAUGUUUCGUCGGCGAACAUGGCACAACUUCAUGCGCCACACGUUUGUGGCCUGGCGCGGUUGGACAACAAAGGCGGCGAAAGCGAAGCGAAUUCUACGCACAGCUCUCGCGUCCCGCCAAGCGACUUGUUUUGGGCGCUGGGUCGAAUUUGUCCGUGUAGUCCGCGCGGAAAAGGAGCGCAAAGUUCGUGGAGCGCUCGCCCAGUUGCUGUACAAUCGAACUGAGUCCGUGCUGCGUUCGUGGCGGGGAUAUGCCAGUCGAAUGAAGAGCGUUCGCCGUAUGAACAGGCGGACGGUGGCGACCAAUCGCGGAUAUUACUUUUACACGUGGCGCGCGGCAGCAACAGCAGUGGUCCUGGGCCGCCUGCAACAACGCUGUGCCGUGAAAGUGCAGGCAGUGUGGCGCCGGCUCCUCGCUACCCGCGAGACGCAGCAUAGACGUACGUCGUACAACAAGGCUGCGGUUCACAUACAAGCUGUGGCUCGUGGCCGGUGUCGGAGGCGGCAGCCAGUGCCUCCCAAUCGAAAAGAAGAGAUUCGUCGAGCGGCUUUUCUCGGCUUUGCCCAAUCUCUAGCUUACAACGUGGCCGUGGCCUGUGAAGUCCGACGGCGCAAGGCAGAAAACGAUGUGGUGAAGCUCACAGAAACUAGUGCGAUCAACGCGCUCAAAGAAGCCCAGGCGUCCAAGGAAGGCGAGAUGCAGUUAGCCAGGUUGGCCGCGGCAGAGCGCGCCCGUCAUGUAACUGGCACACACGCAGUGUUCUUGCGAACGUACGACAUGACGAAAGCCGAGGCUAUGGCUGUUGUGGCCCAGCGCCAAGUCGAUAAAGCGUUGGCAGAUGCCGAGCAACUGGCGCGUCAAAUGUUUCGACUGCAGCGGCCACCACCAUUUGAGUGCAUUCAUCCAAGUCACUUGGACGCGAGCUUUGCCACAGCAGAUGAAUUCCUCUCCCAUUCAUGCUGCCCCAUGACACCCGAGCAACGACUGACCUACGUCAUGGUUUGCGACGGGAAAGUGGCUGGUGGCGACAGUGUCAAGUUGGUGCUUCGCCUGUGGAGCACAGCGCAUUGCGUGUUGGCCAUGACAGACUCUGAUGCGCCUGGUGAGCAAGUUGCGACCGACGUCGCACUUUUGCCGCUGCCACCUUCGUCAAGAAGAGAUGAUGUCGGCUCGACUGAGGCUUUGACGAGAGCUUUGAUUGGAAUGAAAAAGUGGUUUGCAGUGGCAACGCUUUCAUCCAUAUCCACCACCAGUUCAAAGCUUGAGCGCAUUCGACUCGCGGCUGAGCUUCGAUGGCAAGUGUUACUUUGGAUUUCGUCGAACGCGUCUCUCGAAAGGGGAUUAUUGGACAGCGUGCCGUACCCUCCACCACUUGACCGGAACUCGUGGCACUCGCUGCACUAUGACCACGCGAACAAGUCAUUCUUUAUGCGUUGGGCAAGCCUACAGCACAAGAAGUUGCUGCCGCAUUUCCAGCGAGACGCCGCAGCAAUGCUCCUUGGCGUGGGGGUCGCAGCUCAAGAUGUCGUGGUGAAAAGACUGCGGGCAAUGCAUGGCUUGCGCCAGCGAGCAUCUCGCGGGUACAUUCAUCUCGUGGAGAAGCGCGCUGUAUUGCAUGUUGUGAAGCGUUUCCACGCACGGAAUGGGCUCUGGAGUUUGGCAACGCAAGCAGUCGAAGCGCUGCGUGCUUGGCGUAAAGCACUGACAGAACUCCAUGCAAGAUGCCAACACGCCGCUGCGCGAGUAGACGUGGCGGCAUGGCUCUGUGUCUAUCCAUCGAUGUCUCUCAUGGUGAGUGGAAUCCAUCAAUGCGCCGUGUGGAACCUUCGGCGACAAGUCGCAGCGGCGUUCCUGCUGGACGUGGCAGCGCGAGCCCACAACCUGACGGUUCCAGAUACGGAUAAAUCGGAUAAUUCAAACUAAGUUAUCC